AUGGUCGGCGCGGCCGCCUCCGCAGGCUUCUCCGCUCCACCUGACUUUUGUCCCUUUCAGAUGCCUGCGCGCAUGGAUCAACGCUGCAUCUUCAACAUUCUUUGGAGUAGAAUUGAGGGAAAGAGACGGCUAAUCGUCAGAUCCGGUGUCUGUGGACGUUUGGCAAUGUGUGAGUCGCGCCUGAGUCGUUGCUCCGUGACGAAAACCCGAGGCGUGCUGGCAGAACGAUCUAUGCCCACAGCGGCCGCGAUUGGAGGGAUUUUAUUUGAGGCGGAGUUUUUCUGCGAGCUAGUGGAGAAGCAGCAGCAGAAGGAGGCAGCUAAAAGAACAAGCCACUGCAAGCGGCAAGACGUGGAUCAAAGAGGCGAAGCCAUGCGUACCUCCAACAUCAUCCCCAAGUAA